UGGCCUGGGGCGGCGGGGGCGGGGCUGCUGUUCCGGUGCGCGGCGGCGGCAGCAGCAGCGGGAUGAAUGAGGUGGAGGGGCUGCGGCAGCGGCGGCUGCCCCGCCCGCAGGUCAUCACCGACGACAGCCCGGCGCAGGAGGCCAAGGAGGGCAGUACUUACAGCAGCAAGGUGUUCCGUGUUACCUUCUUGACUUUGGCUGCGUCUCUGACUGUGCCGCUGCUUGGAGUAACUGUUCUACUGGAUUGUCCUAUAGACCCUCAGCCUAUAAGUUUGAAGGAACCUCCCCUCCUGACGGGUGUACUAGAGCCCAAUAUCAAGUUACGAAAAGCUGAGCGGUUAUGGGAAAACCAGCUGUAUGGACCAGAGUCCAUUGUCAAUAUUGGGGAUAUACUAUUUACUGGGACAGCUGAUGGGAAGAUUAUCAAAAUUGAAGAUGGGGAAAUACAAACAAUAUCCAGAAUUGGCCAUGGUCCUUGUGGAACCCGCGAAGAUGAGCCAACGUGUGGAAGACCACUUGGCAUCAGAGUUGGGCCAAAUAACACUCUUUUUGUGGCAGAUGCUUAUUAUGGACUCUAUGAAGUUGAUCCUGAUACAGGUGAAACAAAAAUGCUUGUGUCAACCAAAACAGUAAUUGAAGGUCAGAAGUUGUCAUUUGUAAAUGAUCUUACAGUGACCCGGGACGGGAGGAAAAUCUACUUCACUGACUCCAGUAGCAAAUGGCAAAGACGAGACUACUUAUUCUUGAUUAUGGAAGGCACAGAUGAUGGGCGCCUCCUUGAAUAUGACACAGUAACAAAAGAAGUGAAAGUCUUAAUGGUGGGCCUGAGAUUUCCCAAUGGUGUGCAGCUCUCUCCUGCAGAAGACUUUGUCCUGGUGCAGGAGACAACCAUGGCUAGAAUCAGGAGGUAUUAUGUAUCUGGGCUGAUGAAAGGUGGAGCAGAUAUGUUUGUUGAGAACAUGCCUGGUCUUCCAGAUAAUAUCAGGUUAAGCAGCUCUGGAGGAUAUUGGGUAGCUAUGGCAGCUGUCCGGCACAAUCCUGGAUUUUCUGUGUUGGAUUUCUUGGCUGAAAAACCAUGGAUUAAAAAGAUGAUAUUUAAGUUGCUGAGUCAGGAAACCGUGACAAACUUUGUGCCCAAAUAUAGCCUUGUUGUUGAACUUACUGAGACAGGAUCCUACAGAAGAAGCUUUCAUGAUCCCAAUGGAGUGAUGGUAGCUUAUGUUAGCGAGGCCCAUGAACACAAUGGAUAUCUUUACCUGGGUUCCUUCCGGUCUCCGUAUAUUUGCAGAAUUAAUCUUCAGCAUGUUUAACUGUUCAUCCAUGAUGAAGUCCCACUGUCCUAUAAUAUUCCAGAGGUACAAAGGAAGCAUAUGCUUGAGGCAGUUUGUGACCAAGGACAAAAAGUGAAAGAUAGUCUGUUAACAUGCAGUAGCACUGUUGCCAUAGGAAAACAUACAGCUUGCUGUACCUGUUCUCUUCCUUGGUUUGACUGCUCAUGUUUUGGAGUUGGUGUGCAUAAUUGUUAAUAUCUGAGGAGUAUGGUGGGGCAUCUUCAUUCAGUUAUUUGUUCCUCAGAGAACUCCACUGCUUUUCCAUGCCCAGCCCUGCGUGGAGUCAUCUUAAACAGACAUCAUCGUGUUGCCUUUAAUGCAACUGUAUGUCUUCUUACACUGGAAGGAUUUGUGAUGUAUGGAAUUUAAUUAUGUAAUAUUUGAAUUGAAGAUGAUGGCUUGCAUGUGUUUAUUUCUGUUUUAGAACCUGCUGUUUAGGAUUACAGUAUAUAUUCUGAUGUCAUACCAUGGUGCUGUGGUAGAGGCAGCAACAUCCAGAAAUCAACAACAUGCCUAGAAAUUUAGUUAUACCAUUGGGUUUCUUCAAUUCCAACCUGUGUAAGUAACAUUAGACACUACAAUUAGCUGUUAAUCAAAACCAAAUUUCAUCGUUA